AUGUGCGGUAAAAGAAACAUGUUCGUGGAUAUGGAUGAAUCGGUAAAAGGAAAUGUCGUAUUUGGAGACUCCUCGAAAGUUCCUAUCAAAGGGAGAGGAACUAUACUCAUCCGGCUCAAGAAUGGCUCACAGCAAUUUAUCAGUGAUGUGUACUAUGUCCCAGACAUGACUAGUAACAUCCUGAGUUUGGGUCAUCUGAUGGAGAAAAAUUAUGAAGUCCACAUGGUGAAUCGUCAACUGGAGCUGUUAUGA